AUGGCUCCUCCUGUCCCAUUCAUCGAGGAGGAUCAGCUCUUCCUCGAUGGCCAUUUAGAAACGGUCCCAGGGCACCCCUACCUCAAGUUAUCCGACUCAGCCUCCGUGUCUCGGUUCCUGCAAUUGGAGCUAUCUACGGAACGGCUAAGGGAUGUGUACUCCAUACUCUUCCUGACGUCUAAGCCGCGAAACAUCAGCCCAUUACACCACCAAGCCCUCAAGGGUCGCAAGAUCAUCAUCACGGAACAGGCUGACUUGCACCUUGUCACAUACCCGGGCAGGAUCCUGAUUAAGCCUUUACCGCUGUGGCUGCUCAGCCAUGCCUUCUACCAAACUCAGCUCGUUCACCCCCGCGCAGGUGCUGGCGACCUGGCCGGGGAGGCCCACGGGUUCCUUCGGACUUACGCGAGCCUCAUACAGCACGAGUCCGACUUGUCUAUCGCCAAGAAGGAAAACCUCAUUCCUAGGUACAUCAAGUGGGACGCCUGGUGUCGCUUCAUCAACCAGCUCAAGUAUCCCUUCAAGGUCUCCUCCGAGCGCGUCGAGACCGAGGUCCGCAAGUCGCGUAACAGCGGAGAAGCGCUCCUGGUCGACGCCGUGCCUCUCUACAGCGACUCGCUCGUCUCCCCGCGCUAUCACUAUGGCGAGAUCGGCCUGAUCCGUCUCAACCUUUGGUGCUUCCUCACGUUCCGCGAGUGGGAGUACCUGCCUGUGCACUAUGAUUACGCCGCCUACUUUGCUCGGUACCUUGCGCCGUGCCUUUUCGUCUUCGGCGCCUUGACUGUGAUCUUGUCGGCGAUGCAGGUAGACAUUGCCGCUCACCCUAUGGAUUCGACAUAUAUCCGAUACUCCUCACGCUUCGUUGGGCUCACUGUCGCACUCACGAUCAUCAGUUGUGUGUUCUUCCCUGCCUUAUAUAUCUUCUUCGCUGCCCGCGAGCUCUACUUUUAUUUUGUAUACUUCCGGCCUCAGCUCUGA